AUGUCGUCCAAAGAUGAACCCUCCGCCGCUACGAACGUCGCGAAACCACCGCGUAGGAGGAGAAAGAAGAGGAAGAUGAUGAAUCCAACGACGGUGCCCGAACCGACCUCGAUCUCUUCACUUCCUUACGAUUUGCUAUUGAGUUGCAUCGCCCGCAUUUCUAGAUCCUACUAUCCAACUCUCUCCCUCGUCUCCAAGAAUUUCCGAUCCAUCGUUGCUUCGCCGGAGCUUUACCAGACCAGAUCACGCUUAGGCCUCACCGAGAGCUGUCUCUACCUGUACUUGCGCCACCCUCGUGUCCCUGGCACGAAUUGGUUCACUCUCUGCCGGAAACCUAAUCGAACCAUAACCGGCAAUUCAAGUGGCAAUCUUUUCAUCCCAAUCCCAUCUCCCAACUUCCCUCCUGAGGAAUCGAAGAGCAUCGUCGCCGUUGGUUCUGAGAUCUACAAAAUCGGCGGUUAUAUGCGCUCUUCUUCUAGAGUCUCGGUCCUUGACUGUCGGUCUCACACGUGGCACAAGGCUCCGAGAAUGCGAGUGAAGCGGAGAUCACCAACAGCGGGCUUAGUUGAUGGGAAGAUAUAUGUAGCGGGAGGCUGCAAAGACGUGACUUCUUCUAACUGGAUCCAAGUGUUUGAUCCAAAGAGCCAAACAUGGGGAAAUGUGACUAACCCUGGCACCGAGACACGCAGUGAUUCUCAAGUCUCAAGCUUAGGAAUUGGAGGAAAGUUCUAUCUGUUUGGGGAUGAGUGUGUGGUUUAUAAUCCCAAGGACGCUAGAUGGGACGAGAUAGGAGUUGGUAUGGAUAUGGCUUAUGUAGUAUUCUUUACUUAUGGCGUGAUAGGCGACAUGUUGUUCCAUUGGAAUGACGGAGUGUUCAAGUGGUAUGACUGUAAGGCAAGUUUAUGGAAGAAACUUAAUGGCGUUGAAGGGUUGCCUGAUUUUAGCCACCGUGGGUAUUGUAAAAUUGUGGAUCUUGGUGGGAAGAUGGCUCUUUUGUGGGAUGAUUAUGGGAAUUCGGUUGGCCGUCUGGAUAGAAAUGUGGUUUGGUGUGCUGUGGUUGCGCUUGAAAGGCGCGAUGGAGAUGACAUGUGGGGGGAGGUUGAGUGGUGCGAUGUUGUGUUUACACCCGACGACGACGUCGACGUGUCAUGUCCCUUGUACGAUAUGGAUGUUCUUUCUGCUACUGUCUGA